CCUAGUCUAGCGCGCGUGGGCCAGGUCUUCAUUGCUUGCUGAGCCCAGGACCAGUCCGGCGUCUCUUGAUCUCGCCAUGGGCGACGAGGACUCCUCCGGGUCCAGUGCCUCCUUACCGAAGUACCUGGAGCACCUCCCUGGGGAUGGCAAAGCCAUUGGUGUCCUGACCAGCGGCGGGGACGCCCAAGGCAUGAAUGCUGCUGUCCGUGCUGUGGUGCGCACAGGAAUAUACGUGGGGGCCAAAGUCUACUUCAUAUGCGAGGGUUACCAAGGCAUGGUGGACGGAGGCUCCAAUAUCGUGGAAGCCAAAUGGGAAAGUGUCUCCAACAUGCUGCAAAUAGGUGGGACGAUCAUUGGCAGUGCCCGCUGCCAAGCCUUUCGCAGCCGCGAAGGGCGCCUGAAAGCUGCGUGUAACUUGGUACGCUUGGGCAUCACUAACCUGUGUGUCAUCGGUGGCGACGGAAGUCUCACGGGAGCCAACCUCUUUCGGGAGGAGUGGAAUGGGCUUCUGGAGGAGCUGGCGCAGAACGGUGAGAUUGAUAAGGACGCCGUGCAGAAGUACUCGUACCUCAACGUGGUGGGCAUGGUGGGCUCCAUCGACAAUGACUUCUGUGGCACGGACAUGACCAUUGGUACAGACUCAGCUCUGCAUCGAAUUAUUGAAGUUGUCGACGCCAUCAUGACCACCGCCCAAAGCCACCAGAGGACCUUCGUCCUGGAGGUGAUGGGGCGACACUGUGGUUACUUGGCCCUGGUGAGCGCCUUGGCUUGCGGUGCCGACUGGGUGUUUCUUCCGGAGUCUCCACCAGAGGAAGGCUGGGAGGCAAGCAUGUGCCUCAAACUCUCAGAGAACCGCGCCCGAAAAAAGAGGCUGAAUAUUAUCAUCGUGGCUGAAGGAGCAAUUGAUAGGCAGAAUCAACCAAUCAGCUCUGAGAAAAUCAAGGAGCUUGUGGUGAAGCAGCUGGGCUUUGACACCCGGGUGACCAUUCUUGGACACGUGCAACGAGGAGGGACCCCUUCUGCCUUUGACAGGAUUUUGGGCAGCCGCAUGGGGGUGGAGGCUGUCAUUGCUUUGCUAGAAGCUACUCCGGAGACCCCAGCCUGCGUAGUGUCGCUGAGAGGAAAUCAAGCCAUCCGGCUGCCAUUGGUGGACUGUGUGCAAAUGACCCAGGAUGUACAAAAGGCCAUGGAUGAGAGGAGAUUCAAUGAAGCUGUAAAACUGCGAGGGAGGAAUUUUGAGGGAAACCUGAAGAUCUACAAGCGUCUUGCCAUAAAAUUGCCCGAUGAUAAGAUCCCCAAGAGCAAUUGCAAUGUGGCAGUCAUUAAUGUAGGGGCGCCUGCCGCUGGAAUGAAUGCAGCUGUGCGCUCUGCUGUUCGAGUCGGCAUCGCAGACGGUCACAAGAUGUUUGCAGUCUAUGACGGCUUUGAUGGCUUAGCCAGAGGCCAAAUCAAAGAAAUCGGCUGGGCAGAUGUUGGAGGUUGGACUGGCCAAGGAGGGUCCAUUCUUGGGACGAAACGCACCCUACCUGGAAAGCACUUGGAGAAGAUCGCCGAACAGAUGCAUUCCCACAAUAUCAACGCCCUCAUAAUCAUUGGCGGGUUUGAGGCCUACCUGGGACUCCUAGAGCUGGCAGCUGCCCGGCAGAAGCACGAGGCAUUCUGCGUCCCUAUGGUUAUGGUUCCGGCUACGGUCUCCAACAAUGUGCCGGGUUCCGAUUUCAGCAUCGGGGCAGACACGGCUCUGAACACAAUCACAGACGCUUAUCAUGGUGCCAUCACACUGGCUGAUGCUCGAAACAGCCACGAGGAGUUUUGCAUCCCAAUAUGCGUUUUGCCUGCCACUAUUAGCAACAAUGUCCCUGGCACAGACAUAAGUAUCGGGUCUGAUACCGGCCUGAAUGUGGUUGUCGAGACAUGUGACCGAAUUAAACUGUCGGCCAGUGGAACGAAGCGCCGGGUGUUCAUCAUUGAGACCAUGGGCGGAUACUGUGGCUACCUGGCCAACAUGGGGGGACUCGCAGCGGGAGCAGAUGCCGCCUACAUCUUUGAGGAGCCCUUUGGUAUCAGAGAUUUGCAGUCUAACGUGGAGCACUUGACCGAGAAGAUGAAGACCUCCAUCCAGAGGGGCCUUGUACUAAGAAAUGAAAGCUGCAAUGUAAAUUACACCACCGACUUCAUUUACCAGCUCUACUCAGAAGAAGGCAAAGGAGUGUUUGAUUGCAGGAAAAACGUGCUGGGCCACAUGCAGCAGGGAGGAGCGCCUUCUCCAUUUGAUCGAAACUUUGGAACCAAAAUUUCUGCCAGAGCUAUGGAGUGGAUCACAGACAAACUGAAGGGGUCCCAGGGCGCAGGGAAGAAAUUUCUUCAUGAUGAUUCCAUAUGUGUCCUGGGAAUAAGCAAGAGAGACAUCCUGUUUCAGCCAGUGUCAGAACUGAAGAAGCAAACGGACUUUGAGCACCGGAUCCCCAAGAAGCAGUGGUGGUUGAAACUGCGGCCUCUUAUGAAGAUCUUGGCCAAGUACAAAGCAAGCUAUGAUGUGUCUGACUCAGGCCAGCUGGAGCCCUUGCAGCACCAGCAGCCCCAGGGAGAACUGGCACCUAUCUGAUGGAGCAUGCCACCACCUGACUUACACACGUGUCUAGGGAAGCCUGCAACGUUCCCCAGGGACCAUCCUUUUUUUGUAACAUAGUUAUUUAUCAGCACUUUAUGCAAGUAUUGUUGACCAAGUAUUGUCAGCAGUAAUAAUCAGAGAGCGCCACUUGCCAUAACCACUGCCCCAUCAGACCCUGAGAUACGAACCCAGCCUUAUGCGCUUGAUCCGGUGUCAGUUUUCUACUGUACGGGGUACUGUCUUUGCUCUACCAUGUGUGUAUCUUGUGGAAUUAAACAUUUGGUUACAACUCC